AUGGUCUACCAAGGAGCAUGUAAAUCAGACGCCGCCCUCAUCGACCCAGAAACAGGCGUGAAACGCGGUCUCAAAACCCGACAUCUCACCAUGAUGGCUCUAGCCGGCAUCAUCGGACCCGGUCUCCUCGUCGGCGCGGGCGGUGCUCUCUCCAACGGCGGACCUGCCUCCCUCCUCAUCGGUUUCGGCGUUAUAGGAAUCAUCGCAUUCAGUAUCAUGCAAUCACUCGGCGAAUUGACCACUUUAUAUCCAUCGGGAGGUGCGUUUACCUCUUUGGCCGAACGUAUGGUUGACAAAGCUUUCGGCGUGGCGGUGGGUUGGAAUUAUUUCAUCAUUUGGGUUGCAGUACUGGCGAAUGAGUAUAAUACCAUUUCCUCCAUUUUUACCUUUUGGGGCCCUCAAGUCCCGCUAUGGGGUUACUUUCUCAUCUUUUGGUUCUUCUUUCUCGGUUUCCAGUUGCUUGGGGUCGAAGUCUUUGGAGAAGCGGAGUUUUGGCUCGCGUUGCUGAAGUUGGCUGGUCUUGCUGUGUUUUUUGUCUUUGCGAUUAUUUAUGCUGCUGGAGGGUUGGUUGGCCAGGAUGAACCGUUGGGAUUCAGGUAUUAUCACAAUCCUGGAGCUUUUGUGGAUGGGUUCAGGGGUGUGGCUACCGUGUUUGUGUUUUGCUCUACUUUCUACGCUGGCAUUGAGAGUGUUGCUGUUGCGGCGACAGAGACGAAGAAUCCUGGUGUUGCGGUGCCUUUGGCCAUUCGUCAGGUCUUUGCUCGCAUUCUUUUCGUCUACAUGGGAUCGGCAUUCUUCUUUGGCUUGGUAUGCCCGGCUGAUGCGGAUGGCCUUGCUAAUGGAGGGAGUAGAGCACUCAAAUCGCCCAUGACGGUUGCGAUUCAGAAUGCUGGGUGGAAUGGGGGUGUUCACCUCAUCAACGCUUUCAUCUUCGUCACAUGCCUUUCAGCUACAAAUGCUUCCAUCUACAUCGGCUCGAGGACUAUCUUGUUCAUGGCAAAAGAUGGCAAGGCGCCGAGAUUCUUAGGAUGGACAGAUAAACGCGGUGUGCCCGUCGCAGCCAUCGUGUUUACAAACCUCUUCGGUGCCAUCUCCAUGAUGAACGUCAGCACUGGAGCAGGAAAGGCUUACAACUACAUUGUCAACUUAUCCGGAGUCUCGACCUUCUUGGUCUGGGGCAGUAUCAGUUUCAUCCAUCUACGCUUCCGAGCCGCAUGGGCACGUCAAGGACGCACUCCUGAGGAACUUCCCUUCAGAUCUAUGUGGUAUCCAUGGAACGCCCACUUUGGACUCGCAGCAAACAUCUUCCUCGCUCUGGUGCAAGGAUGGGGCAAUUUCGUGCCUUUUGACGCUGGAGGCUUCGUGGAUGCGUAUAUCCUGAUUCCACUAUUCCCGAUCAUUUACUUGGUCUACAAGUUCUGGAACAAGACGAAGUUUCACGGGUUGGAGGAGAUUGAUCUGGAUGCUGGAAGAAGAGGAGAUGUCGAUGCUGCGAAACAAGCAACUAGACUCGUGCCGGAUGAAGCGUUGACGCCGAAUGUGAAAGGGGGAAGACUGAGGGCGAUAUGGAAGAACCUUUGA